AACGGCUAUACCAGAACCAAACAGAACACCAGUCGCUUAUAAAUGGUUUUAUGGGUACCAGCGUCAUCGCGGUACCACCACUUUACUACGUAAAUCAUUGGUGGAAGCGCGUUUCUUUACAUUUGCCAUGUUGAUUGAAUUUGAAUAUUGAAAGACUUUUUUCCAUUGAAGUUUCAAGUGUGCAUUAGUGCGAAGGUUUUCCAAAGUUCCUACACCAUCAAGCAAGCAAAAGAGGAAGAGGCGAGAAGGGAAACAAAACGCAAAUAAGAGAUGAAUUUAAAGAGCGGUGAUUUUCUUAGAGAACAGUUCAAUCAAGUGAGUCGUUAAUCAGCCAAAAAAUGGCCGAAUCCACUUUAAUCCUACGAUUCUUGGCAUUGUUUUUGGCUGUUCUAUUCAUUGAGCCUCUCUAUUGCUUGGAGGCAAGUUCGGAGCAGCCACCAGCCAGCAAAGUGAAGAAACGCAGCUACUACUGGACCGUGCCCAGACCAGCCGCCCUCACCUCCCUAUCGCUGUACAAUGCAGGCAAAGCUUUCAAGCCUGCUCCCUACRCCCUUGCCCGCCCCUACUACAUCCCCGUCUAUGGAGUGGCGGGAGGAAACCUCAUCUUCUACCCUCCCCAGCCUGUGUACAUCAACGCUGGCACCCCCGUAGAUAAUCCUGCCAGGCCUUCGUAUCAAGGCCCCUCGUAUCUGCCCCCCGCCACCACUCAAAACCCUUUGGCUGAUCGGCUGGGGGGAUUCAAUGAGGACGACGAUGCUCCCAUUUGGGGGGUGGUCGGCCCGUCCCAGGCCAAUGGCGGCAACAAGGAGUACGCAGUGGUGCCGACCAGACCUCCCAGUGCCGCGCCAAACCGCCCUCCACUCCUGCACGGGCUGGACUCAAAUGAGGAGGAGGCCACGGGAAAUCAACGGGUUUCGGGAAGCGCCCAACCGCAGCCAGCAGGACCAAGCAACUGCGUCUGGGCGAUUGUUUCCUGCUGUUCGAGUGCAGACCCCAACUCGCCUCCUCAAAACUGCUUUGAGCAAAGAGGCUGCCCGGGGCCGUUUUGGGGCAGCAGCCCCUGCACCAGUGGCUUUGCCAAAGCAGCACUCGAUGCGGCUCUGAGUUACUACAAUGGAAAUCCUGCGGGAAAAUGAUAGGGAAAAGUGUAGAACGAGGUGGGGUUGUUGGCAAUAUCUGUGAUUUCAAGCCACCGUUCUCUAGGACUGUUAUGCUGGCAAUUUUUAGUUUUCUGUUGCCAAAAAUCAUACUUGUUCUUCUACUAAGCAACGUGGUCGACGUGGUUGGCGUUGAUUCAGCGGGGCUGGAACAAGUAUGUUUUCAGUGAUUUUCUCUAGAUUUUGCAGGCUGCAGCAUGGAUCGAAAAGCGAUGAUGUUCCUUUUUAGUUAGUUUUACUAGCAUGCGCCGUAUUUAUUAAACUCUAUUUAUGUAAGCUGGUUAUAAAUAUACGCCUUUGUAUCGGAA